CUGCACAAGACCUGCAAAAAAAAAAGAGUUUAAACAGAAUUGCUACUUUAUGUUUUCCUUAGAAAAUCAUUAGGGAUUUGGCAGUGUUCCCACCCACAGUAAAUCACACCAUCCACAGGGAUUGUGGGCCACAAACGUUUACGGCUAAAGAAGCUGACUGAUCACGUGGGUUGUGAACAACCAAAUGUUGAAACAUUCAGUGGAAGGAAAAGGUGCAGGAAUAAACAGAGCCUUGGUGGGAUUGUGAAAAGGGAGAACAUGUUGUUUAUUGAUCCGAAGUCCUCUUUUCAGACGGCGGAAAUAUUCAUGGCAAAGCCAGAACACAAGACCUUCUGGUGGAGAUUCUGACCUCCACCAGUAAAACACAAGCCUUUAAUUAUCCGUCGAAAAAUGUCGCCGCAGAAAAAACUUCUCGUCCCUGUAAGCAGCAGGCGGAAAGCCGUGGACGACUUCUUCCCCUUUAACUCGCUGCCGGUGGAGUGCCAGCUGCACGUCUUGUCCUUCCUGAACGAGGUGGACAAGUGCAGCUGCGCGCUGGUUUGCCUGAGCUGGAGCUGCCUGGUCCGGUCGUGGAAACUGUGGCGGGUUGCUGACUACUCCCGGCGCGGCGCCUUCCAUCUGGGUCAGGAGGGGCUGCUUGUUUCCAACCGGGAGUUUGAGCGAUGGAAGGCCUGGGUCCACCACUACACCCACCACCUGAUCUCCCGGCGGGCCAGCCUGCUCACGCUGAAGGCCAGCUUCGACCUGGGAGACCACUACAACAAGUGGAGCGAACUGCUGAGUCACCUGCUGGACAACGUCCACUGCAGAGACCUGAGCCAUCUGGACCUCAACUGGACGUUUACUCUCUUCGAGCCACUGGACUUAAGAGUGCACUCCAGCUCCAGUUCACACCAGGACAGCAUCACCAAGAUGGACCAGGUGACCAGCUUUCAAGAGCUGCUCGGCAAACUCACCCACAGCUGCCCGCGAAUCUCCAAGAUGCGUUUACAUUUCGACUGGUCGGAUCUGUCUGUGUCCCUGCUCACCCGGUUCCAGCAGCUACGAACCCUCGAGCUCAAGUACUUCUGGGUCUUCAAACUAGUGACGCCCUCCACGCUCCAGACGCUUACCAAUUCCCUGCCCAACCUAAAGUCGCUGACUUUGCACAUCCUGGUGCCUCUGAGGAACCUGGGGAUCUCGUACACGUUGGAAUCGGAGACUCUGGAGUUCCUGGACGUCUCGCCCAGCCGCGGUUUGGUUUUCUCCUGCCUGAAGCUGCCGGCACUGAGAGAACUCCGAGCCAAGAAAAUAGUGCGCGGUAUCACGCUGGAUCGCAGGACACGGCUCCGGAUCCAGAGCAGGUGGCCUUGUCUGUACCACGUCCUCCAGCAGGGGACGCCAAAGCUUCAGGCCCUGAACAACGAGAGGCUCCUUCCUACUUGGAGGGAGAAGAGCUACGGGGAGCUGACGGCCAUCCUGGAACAGUCCUGCUACUGUGUGCAGCAUCUAGACAGCUGGCUGUGGUAGUCAGCUGACUGAGACCGAAGAUCCGUCUGUGUAUUGCAAAUUCCAGCCAAAGCAAAACGCUGCUUUCACUCCCCACAUUGUUGCUCUUAUUCCAACAAACUGUUUCCGCAAGAGGACACAGAAGUUGUGUGCUGCUGCAGAAGUAAAAUAGGAUGUGACUGCAGGAUCCUCCCAGUUCCUAAACUGGAAUCUGCUCCUUGUGUAAAAACACAUGUAGGAUUGAGGCGGUGACGCGCAGCAGAGUUGUGAUCGUUUGUUCGAUAAUCUGCAAAAAGCAGCAGCGCUUCUUUCCGAUCGGGCUCUGCUGCUGCACUGGUUAGGAAACGAGCAGAGCCACGAGAACCUGGAUCAGGACUGAAUGGAGGAUAAAACCGCCAUUAUUUAGCUGGAAACUUUCUAAACCAUUUGUUGUCAAGGAAAAGAGCAGCGUAUGACUAAAGGCAAAAUAUUUUCAGGAUUUAUUUUCAUGCAAGAUGAAACGUUAUGCUUUCAUGCAUGAACUCAGUUGAAUAUUUAUAAAAAUAUGAUGAAAAUGAUAAUCAUCAGCAAUAAUGUGGUUCUCUGAGUCAUUUGGUUGUAAUCUCCACUGAUUUGAUGGCGUUUCUGUAGGAUUACAGUCAGAAAUAAAGGGGGGCGGAGGGAAAUCAAAAUUUUAGAACAAAUGUUUAUACAGUUAAAUAAAAAGUUUGACAUUUCAGUCCCAAUUUUUAAGUCUUAAGGAAGCUUGAAAAAAAAAAAAGAAAACAAAGUGGACAUUUUUUUUCCAGACUUUUUUUCAUAUUCCAAAAACAAAACAACUGUUUUUAAAUUAAGGAUGACUUUUAUAUGUAUCUAUAUUUAGAUGGCAUCCUUUGCAACCGCUCUGGUCUCAAAUAUCCAUGCUUAAGUCACAUUUUUUUAUAUUCCACUGUAGAAACACAAACCACCUUUGAAAGUAUAGAAAACAAUACAAUAGAUCUGCAACCAUAAAGUUCGCUAACCAUUAUAUAAUCCUUUGCUCUUCUUCGCAGUAUCAUAGCGCAGUAUCAUGUUUGGCUUGUUUUUUUUACUGUGAUUCCUGCUUCAGGAGCACUGUUACCUGUUCUAAGCAAAUUAUUUAAACUCAACAAACGCAUAAACACUCUAGGAAACAAACAUUGAACGUAGGGCGAUACUCAAAAGAAGUAAAUGUUUAGACAAGCAGAAACAGCAGCUGAAAUCCUUCGCUAUUGCGUUGAUUUUGAUCACUUUAAGAAUGUCCUGAUAGAUUCACUACCUUGAACUAAAAGCGGCUGCUGUGCUGUUCGUUUGUCCUGUCGAUUCUUCAAGAUCAGGUCCAGAUCCCCCCCAAAAUUUCCACUUUUAAAGUUUACAUUUUUACAUUCAAGUAAAAUGAAGAAAAUGUAUCACAAACUGUGCUUUAUCAAAUUGUAUUUAGCGUAGAACAGGACUCAUCCCAAUUAGAGUGACCUUGUAAUAUUUCAGGGUGAAAAGCAAAUGAAUUGAAAUGUUACAAAAAAAAGUUAACUUUUUUUAAAAUUAAAAACGUUCUGCUCCUUUUUCUUAAAAAUAUAUACAGUGUCUAACAAUUCUCCAAAAUAUUUUGCCUUUCUUCUACCAGUUUCUCCAGACUGAGCCUUCUAAGCCUUGAAACGUGUCAUGCCCUGUGCUAUAAAAUUUAUGUUUGUUUGAUUGUUUAAAUGAAAUACAGUUCUGUUUAUCUUCAGAUAAAUGACGGAGAAGCAUCAGAGAAGUUUGCACAAAAAAAGAUGAGGUGAAAGUCAAACAUGCAGACAAUAUUUAGGACUGAAAAUUGCUGUAAGGAAUGUUUCAAUGGGCUUUUUAACUAAAGCCGCAGAGCAGCUCCAGUCUGGAAAUGAGCUGAAAACGGUUUGUGUGUUUUUGCUCCCUGACUCUGCUGCUGAAUACUUUCAACUUUUUGCUGUUAAGCCGGUGUAAUUCCAAUCACAGUCGGCCAGGAAUGCAAAAUGAGACUUAAUUCCAGUGCUGGACCACAUUGUUCAAAAGUGGCUGGAGCUCCUUUACAGUUUGUUUUGUUUGUGCCGUUCCUCCUCCAGUAAAAGGACCUGGCAGUUUUUUUUUUUUUUUUUUGAAGUAUUUGUUUUCAUGGUGUUUGAGUGAAGAACUCCCGCAGGUCUUGAUUUUGCAGAUAUUUUGCACAUUUCUGUCGCCUUGAUGGAAAGUUUUAUUCAGGAAGAGGGCGACGCAUCACAUUCCGAGACUCUUUGCAGAGAAAUCCGGGCAGUUUAAUCCGCAGUUUUCCUCCUGGCCAGCAGAUGUCCCCGUUUUCAAAGAUUUGGUCGUGAAGAUUUCUGUUUGCUGCUGCAUUGUGUAACAGUGAGCUUUUGGGUAUUUAAUGUGUGUGAGAGCAGCUUGACAUUUUUCAUUUUUGCUCUGUUGUGGUCAGGUUUCUUCUCCAGUUAAACACACCCGUGUCACUUCAAAUUUUCAGAAUGAUAUGAGUGACGAGUAAUUUUUCCGUUUCUGAGGAUUUCAUUUGUCCUUCACAUGAGCAGGAGGCGCUGACAUUUGGACAGAUGUUGUAAAAUCUGGCCCACUUGUUUUUAAGAAUAAAAAGACAGGUCUUUCAGGUUU